AUGGUACUAGUGAUGGGCCAAAACACAACAGAUACUAUUCACAGUGAUGAGUUCAAACUAGGAGUUGUUCUUGAUUUCGAUAGCUUAGCAUCGAAGAUAGGGUUGACAUCCAUGUCUAUGGCUCUGUCUGACUUCUAUUCUUCUACAAAUGAUACUACUGCUCGUAAGAGGAAGCUGGUUCUCCACACUAGAGAUUCCCAUAGAGAUAUUGCUGAUGCAGCUUCUCAAGCUAAUGAUUUAAUAAAAAAUGUUGGAGUUGGAGCCAUCAUAGGGCCAUCAACGUCAUUACAAGCUAUAUUCAUGGCUGACCUUGGAAACAAAGCUCAGGUUCCUAUCAUUUCUUUCACUGCAACAAGUCCUUCAGUAUCUACUUCUCAAAACCCGUAUUUCAUUCGGACGACGCAAAGUGACUUGUCCCAAGUAAAUGUGAUUGCUGAAUUGGUUAAAACAUUUGCAUGGAGAGAAGUUGUACCCAUAUAUGAAGACACAGAGUAUGGAAAAGGAAUGAUGCCAGAUUUGAUCGAUGCAUUCCAAGCUAUCGAUACCAGAGUUCCUCACAGAAGCUUAAUUUCUCCUUCAGCUGCUGAUGGAGAAAUACUAAGCGCACUGUACAAAUUAUUGGCAAUGCGGACUAGGGUAUUUGUUGUGCACAUGACACCGGCCCUUGGAGUACGUGUUUUUCAAAAGGCCAAAAUGAUUGGGAUGAUGAGGGAAGGGUAUUCAUGGAUCAUUACAGAUGGGUUAGCUAAUUUCUUGGGAUCCUUUAAUUCUUCUGUUAUUGAUUCUAUGCAAGGAGUAUUGGGUGUAAGGUCAUAUAUUCCAAGGUCAACAGAGUUUGAUGAAUUUCGAGCUCGAUGGAAAAAGCAGUUUAUGCAAGAAAAUCCAGGUAUCAAAAACAUUGAACUGAACAUUUUUGGUUUGAGGGCUUACGAUACAAUUUGGGCACUGGCCAGUGUCCUGGAGAAACUUGAUACAAUGAAUUCGACAAUAAGUCAUUCAAAGAUUGGUCCUAAGCUUUUGCAGCUAAUUUCCGAGACAAAAUUUCAUAGCCUAAGUGGGAAUGUUAAUCUCAUAGACAGGGAAAUUCAGUCAAACACCUACCAAUUACUUAAUGUGAUUGGAAAUGGAGGUAGAGAAAUUGGCGUUUGGACAAUAUUGAAUGGUAUUGUACGUGACUCAAGCAGUUUAAUUACUAGUAGAGAAAAUUCUUUUUCGUUGCCAAGAGAUAAUUUACGCGUUAUAAUAUGGCCUGGAGAAUCAACUGUUGUUCCAAAAGGUUGGGUAAUUCCAGAAACGGGAAAAAAAUUAAGGAUUGGAGUCCCAGUGAAACGGGGUUUUACUGAGUUUGUAAAAGUAUCAAGGAAUAGUAGUCUCAGCAACUCAAGUUAUGUUAUCACUGGAUAUUGCAUAGAUGUGUUUAAAGCUGUAAUAGAGAUGCUACCGUAUCCUGUGUCUUAUGAAUUGGUUCCCUUCGCAAAGGCUGAUGGCACGCAGGCAGGAACUUAUGAUGACUUAGUAUAUCAAGUUUAUGCCCAGAACUAUGAUGCCGUAGUUGGAGAUAUAACAAUUAGUGGAAAUCGAUCGACCUAUGUUGAUUUCACAUUACCUUAUACCCCAUCUGGGUUCUCGAUGAUUGUUCCGCUAAAAGAGGACACGAGCAACAAUGCAUGGAUAUUACUCAAGCCUUUAAAUUUGAAUCUUUGGGUAGCAAUUAUUGUGUUUUUUCUAUUGACCUGGGCGAUGACUUGGGCACUGGAACGUGAAGAAAAUAAUCCAGCUUUUCAAGGGGAAGUAUGGCAUCAACUAGAAACCAUGUUCUGGUUCUUUUUCUCUACACCAGCCUUUGCUGAUGGAGACAAAACGGUGAGAAACGGUAUGGCUAAAGUUGUUGUGAUUGUCUGGGUCUUUGCUUUGCUCAUACUAAGUUCAAGUUACACAGCCAGUUUGACAUCGAUGUUAACAGUUCACCGGCUUGAACCUACUGUUACGGACGUGCACGAACUAAUCAAAACACGCCAAAAUGUUGGUUACCUAGAGGGAACAUUUGUAUACACAAUGUUGAAGAGGAUGGGUUUUGAUGAGUCUAAUCUAAAACCAUAUAUCUCUACUGAAGAUUUCAAGGAGGCUUUCACAACAUUCAGAAAUAAGGAGGAUCGUAUUGUUGCUGCAUUUGGGGAAGCACCUUUUAACAGACUCCUCCUUGCAAAAUAUUGUCAUAAAUAUGCCAUGGUUGGACCGAUGUACAAGACCGGAGGAUUCGGUUUUGCAUUUCCAAGAGGAUCACCUUUAGUCCCUGAUAUUUCUAGAGCAGUCUCAAACCUAAGAGAAGAUGAUAAAAUUAUAAGAAUCGAACAAGCUUGGUUUGGGAACCAAAAGAGUUGUUCAGACCCAAAUCCCAUGGCCUUUGAAACUAGUCUCAACUUAGAUAGCUUUUUGGUUCUCUUCAUCGUUACAGGAAUUCCUUUGAUUUUAGCCUUCCUUGUGUACCUCGCCAAUAUCUUGAUAAAGUAUACUUCAUUUCUUGAUAUGAUGGAAGAUAUGUUGCAACGCAGCCAACGCCAGCACUUAAGAGAUAUGUGGAAAAGUCUUAUAGAACAUUUGUGGCAAUGCCUAAUAAACUUCUGGCAAUUCAUUAAGGAUUCAUGGCAGCGAUUUAAAAACCAGAUCCAGUCAAGCAGAACACUAAAAAGAAAAGAAAACGGGAAAGAGCCGCUGAUUGAACCAAUUCCAGAAUUAAGAAACGAUAAUAAUGGAUCAGUAGGCUGCUCAUAUCCACAACAUUAA